GACCUGUCUCUGAGGCGUUACUUUGUGGGAUAGGUUGUUCUUUUGCUCCUCGCCCAGCCCCUAGCGAAUUGAGCUUAAAUAAAACUUCCCAGCAAGCAGCGCGCUAGCCUGGGAAUCGGGACAAGAUGGCGGACCCAGAAAGUGUACGGCCGGCUGCCGCUUCACCGGCCCCGAUUUCUUUCGGUUUCACUCGCACGUCUGCCCGGAGGCGACUGGCAGACACCAGAGACGGAGAAGGACGGGCCUCGGAGGAGAAAGAUUUCUUGACGACCGUGGAAGGGAGGGAGCUGCACAGUGUGAAUCCUCCAGAAGCUCCCAAGGAACUGGUCAUCCCAUUGAUCCAGAAUGGGUCUCGAAGGCAACCACUGCCCAAGAGCUCCAAGCCAUCCUCAGAAACUAGGAGUGUGUUGACGUCAGAUGGUGUGCUUUCCCUGGCUGUGAAGGAGCUCAUUGAGGAAUCCAAGAAGUCUCUGGAGGAGAGGGAGAAUGCAGGUGUUGACCCCACGCUCACUAUCCCCAUGAUCCAGAAAGGAUGCAGUCCCAGUGAGGAAGGACCAGACAGCGAACCUCAGGCCGAGACGGUGCCGAAGGAAGCUGACUAUGAGGCAGUCCCUGUGGAGGCCUAUGGGCUGGCCAUGUUGCGAGGCAUGGGAUGGAAACCUGGCAAGGGCAUCGGCAACACUUUCAGUCAAGUAGUGAAGCCCCGAGUCAACUCUCUCAGGCCCAAAGGCUUAGGGCUGGGUGCCAACCUGAUGGAGGCCCAGGCCUUGACCUCCACUGGCUCUCACCACCCACCAAGACCAGAUGGGGAUCGAAAGAAAGAUAAGGAAGGCCAGCCUCAAGGGUUGAUGCCUGGAGGAGCUGUGGUGGUCCUUUCUGGCCCUUACCGGGGCCUCUAUGGGAAGGUAGAAGGCCUUGAUCCUGACAAUGUUCGGGCCAUGGUUCGUCUGGCAGUAGGCAACCGCAUUGUGACUGUUAGUGAGUAUUGCCUACGGCCUGUUUCUCAGCAGGAGUUUGAUAGCCACGCCUCACAGCCAGGCCACGUGAGUAAAACUUCCACAGAGCAGCACAGAACAACUGGAACAGCCUUGUCAUUGAAAGCCCUCCAGAAUCAGGAGGAAUCAAGGAGGCGGCAGAAGGAGUCGGAGAGGAAGCGGAAACACCCCUCAGACCGACAGGACGAAGUGGUGGCAAAGAGUGAGAAGGCAGCCGCUAAGAACAAGCACUGGCUGCACAGGGACUUACGAGUGCGCUUCAUUGACAGACUGCACAAGGGGGGCCGCUAUUACAACACCAAGAUGACCAUUGAAGAUGUCCUCAGCCCAGACACUUGUGUGUGUCGGACAGAUGAAGGCCGAGUUCUAGAAGGUGUGAAAGAGGGCAUGCUGGAGACCCUGAUCCCCAAGGGAGAGGGCCACCGUGUGAUGGUGGUGCUGGGACCACAUGCUGGAAAGGUAGGACUUCUUCUGAGUCGGGACAGCGUGCAGAGUCAGGCUUUGGUACAACUUGGGAGAGAGACUCGGGUGCUGGAGCUCCACUAUGACACUAUCUGCCAGUACGUGGGCCCCAGCGCCUCAGAUGAAGACUGAUCUGUGGAGCACUGCAGCACCUAGGCUGUCACAGGUUGGGAGAAGAUGGGGGAUAACUGUUCUGUCCCCCUUUGAGGUACAAGAACAGCAACGUGAGUACAUAGACCAGACUAUUUACCAAAAUUUAAGUGUAAUAGAAUUCAUUUUAAAAAAUGGGAAGAUACAGCCAAACCAGUAUGUGAGCUGGGACUUCAGGUGGGAACUGAGAUGACUGAGGUGGAACUACUUCAUUUCUUAGCCUCGUGUCCCUGCUCAGGGUGCAGGACAAGUGAAAUUCCCCAUCCGAUACAGAGCUCACUCUUGGAACAUAGAAACUAUGAACUCUGUCUGUCUCCAGACAAACACCAUAGGAUCUCCAGUGCUACAUCUCUGAACAACUUCCUGAGUUUGGGUCUCGAAUGGCUUUCAAAGGCCCAUAUCUUUCUUUUUUAAGAUUUAUUGGAUUUUUGGUUAUAUGUAUGUGUGUGCCUGGGUGAGUGUGUGACUGUACAAAUGCUUUCAGAGUCCAUGAGUGUUGAAUCCCCCUGGAGCUGAAGUUACAGGCAAUUGCAAGCUGUUGGACAUGGGUGC